AUAUAUUAAACAAAAAUGAGGCCAGAGCAGAAAAACAAAAGGAUGUGGAAAACGAGAAAUUCGUAUUUUCUGUUGAUCUUCAAGCUGUUUUAAUGUCUCCUAAAUCUAAUGUUAGUAGCUUAUAUUACAAGACAAAAUUAUGCGUUCACAACCUUUGCUUUUAUAAUAUGCUCAACAAAGAUGGCUAUUGCUUCUUAUGGCAUGAAGGGGAGGGUGGACUAACAGCAGAAGAAUUUUCCUCAUGUUUCUACUCAUUUUUGGAAACAAAAGUCAUACCAGCAAUGGAAAAAGAUAACAGAAAGAUAAUAAUGUGGAGUGAUGGCUGUACCUACCAGAACAGAAACGUGACUUUGGCUAAUGCAGCUUUAAAUUUAUGCAGAAAAAAUGAUAUUACGCUUGAGCAUAAAUAUUUAGAGGUUGGACAUACUCAAAUGCAAGUAGAUUCCAUGCAUGCCACAAUAGAACGUCGUGUAAAUCGAGUAAGGAUAAACGUCCCUGCAGAUUAUGCAUACCACUGCAAAAAAGCUAGAAAAAAUCUUAAGCCCUAUGAAGUAAUGUACUUAGAUCAUUCUUUUUUCCGAUCAUUCAAAAAGGUGGAAGCUAUUAGAAGUAUUCGACCAGGGAAAAAGCUAGGAGAACCAAAAGUAACUGAUAUUCGGGGCCUAAAAUAUACACCAGCAGGGGACAUCUAUUACAAACUUCGGAUGUCUGAUGAAUGGGAAUUACUUCCGCAAAGAAAAUCUCAAGUUGACAUUAUUGCCUGGACAGAGUUGGACCAUCUGUAUAAAGAUAAUAUUCCAAUAUCUGCCCGAAAAUAUUCCGACCUCCAAGAAAUUAAGUGUACCAUUCCAGCAGACUAUCACCAUUUCUAUAAUAAUUUGCCACACCUGUGAAUUAUUAGAUGUUUCAUUUGUUAGAUGUUUUGAUCAUUUUGAAUACGCUAAAAUAAAAGUUCUAAUAAAAAUAAAAGUUGCUAACUCCAAAAUUUCUCCAUUUUUAUUCAAAUGAAC